ACGUGGGCUGAAUGUAGGAGAAAGAUAAGGUCAAGAAGCCGAGAAUGUCUAUAAAAAUCAAAGAAACGUGAACACGAAUGUAUUUGCAAUUACGUAGUACUGUUUGGUUCCCUACGGGACGCAAACACUGCCCAAGAAAGAACUGAUCGAGAACUAUAUUUGGGAGGAAUAACAAGAAAACAAACCCCACAACAAAAGCCGCCGGAAAAACCUGGGGAUUCUUGCGGCCCAAGACCUCCUCCUCCGCGCGCCGCCAAGUCACCACCACCGACCGCCCAGCUGCCCCUCUCAUCUAUCAUGCAUGACAUAAUAUCCCACUAUGGGAAUUCUUUCUGAGUCAUUUAUAGCGCACUUUUGACUCUGAUCAUCAGACAAAAUUAAUUAAAUCGGGUCAUUUAAUUUUGUGUGUGUGUGUGUGUUUAUUCAUACGAGGUCUAUAUAUAUCACGCAGGGGGGGUUGUUUUGAGAGACGGGUGUAGAUUUUCUUGGUUUUUGAGUUUUGAAUCCGGUGGUGGGAGAAUUGUAGGUAGCGCGCGGCGGCGGAGAUGGUGGACGUGGAGGCGCAGAAUCUGGCCGGCGACGGAGAAAUCAGUCCGGCUAUUUUCAAGAAGGCUAAUCUUCCCGUCACUCUCAAGUUUGAGGAUGUUGUGUACAAGAUCAAAACCGAGCAAAGCGGAAAAUUCUUCAAGAAAACAGCGAAAUCCCAGGAGAAAUUGAUAUUGAAAGGCAUCUCAGGCAUGGUCCUGCCGGGUGAAAUGCUAGCCAUGCUUGGUCCCUCCGGCAGCGGCAAAACGACGCUUUUAACCGGCCUUGGCGGCCGGCUAACCAGCGGUCGUCUCUCGGGCAAUAUAACAUACAACGGCAAGCCGUUCUCCAACGCUAUGAAGCGGAACACGGGCUUUGUAACGCAGGAUGAUGUCCUCUACCCUCACCUAACUGUCACGGAGACGUUAGUUUACACCGCGCUUUUACGCUUGCCAAGAACUUUAACGAAGGCUGAAAAGGCAGAGCACGCAGAAGCCGUGAUAGCUCAGCUUGGAUUGUCUAGGUGUAGGCACAGCAUCAUAGGAGGACCUCUUUUGAGGGGAGUCUCUGGGGGUGAGAGGAAACGAGUCAGCAUAGGGCAGGAAAUGCUUAUCAAUCCGAGUCUGCUGUUUCUUGAUGAGCCCACAUCAGGGCUGGAUUCCACCACCGCGCAGAGGAUUGUGUCGACAUUGUGGGAUUUGGCUAACGGGGGAAGAACAAUCGUUAUGACGAUCCAUCAGCCUUCGAGCAGGCUUUUCUACAUGUUUCAUAAGGUUCUUUUGCUGUCUGAAGGGAAUCCUCUGUAUUAUGGGAAGGGCUCGAGUGCCUUGGACUAUUUCUCUAGCAUUGGAUUUUCUCUGUCCGUCGCCAUGAAUCCUGCUGAUUUCCUGUUAGAUCUUGCAAACGGAAUUUCAACGGCUGAUUCGAUGGAAGAUCAUGCAGCUAUUAAGCAAACUUUAGUGGCUUCUUACAAGACACAUUUGUUGGAGAGUGUGACUGCAGAGCUUGCUGCUGAUGAUCAGCUUCAGAUGGCAACGGACGAUAAGCAGUUGAGGAGAUGGUCCAACACUUGGUGGGAUCAAUUUUCAGUGUUGUUCAGGAGGGGAAUAAAAGAACGGAGGCAUGAGUCUUUCUCCGGCCUCAAAAUCGGCCAGGUUCUAGCCGUAGCUAUCCUGACUGGACUCCUAUGGUGGCAAUCCGAUAUUAGUCAUUUGCAAGACCAGGUGGGGCUUUUCUUCUUUUACUCAGGAUUUUGGGGCUUCUACCCUCUCUUCCAAGCAAUCUUCACAUUCCCUCAAGAACGAAUGAUGCUCGCAAAGGAACGGUCUUCAGGCAUGUACCGUCUCUCAUCAUACUUCAUGGCGCUGACAUUAGGUGACCUGCCAAUGGAACUAGUCCUCCCUACCGUUUUCUUCGUCAUAACCUACUGGAUGGCGGGCCUAAAACCCGACCCCAGGUGCUUCUUCGCAGGCCUGUUCACUCUCCUCUACAGCGUGCUGUGCUCCCAAGGGCUCGGGCUUGCUCUUGGGGCCGCAGUCAUGAACCAGAAAUCAGCCACCAUACUUGGAUCAGUAAUCAUGCUGACAUUCCUACUAGCCAGCGGAUACUACGUCCAGCACGUGCCCGCAUUCAUAAGUUGGAUCAAGUAUAUCUCGAUCAGCCAGUACACAUUCAAGCUCUUGCUGGGGUCCCAGUUCAAGCCCGGUGAAACAUAUCCUUGUGGCAACGGCAAAACUUGUCUGGUUGAGGAUUUCGGGAUGAUCAAGCCCGUCGGGCUUGGCGGGCAUGCCAUAGCAGUGAUUGCCUUGGCUGUAAUGCUUGUGGGAUAUAGGCUGGUUGCAUAUGUUGCUCUCAUGAGAAUUGGUGUUACAAAGAAAUAGACUGGUUUUGUGUUGGGGAACUGCUAUUAGUCAUAGUCUUUGCGGAAAAGAGUUUGGUAUAACUUGAGCCUUUGGACGGCUCAUUAAUUUGUUUUUUCGUUUCGUAGACUGUGGUUCGUUUUUCUUCCGGACGCAAUAAUCUAUACUAUUUAUAAAGUAUCCAUCACUA